CGGACGUUGUUUCUUGUCGGACCGAUUCCGCUGACAUUGCUAAAGGGGGCGGAGGUGCAGAGGCACUGCUACCCUGAGAGAAACUAUAGGCUUAAAGUGAACAGGCCCGAAAGCCGAGGCAGUCCGCUUCUCAUCUCCGAGUUCCGGUCAAACGCGGAGUCAUGUACCGGCGGCCGCUGCAGUCCGCUGUCAGGAGACUGGUCAGCGGGGCGGCGACCAGGGCCGCCCCCCUGCAGGUAUUACAUGAAAAAUCCAGCCUGAGCAGAGCUUUAGUCACAUGCCAGCGAGCCAGAGUCUUCUCGCCUUUUGUACCUCAAUGUCGAAGCUACCACAUCAGCACACAGCUCUGUAAUGUGAAAGAUUCACCUAGGCAUUCAGACGAAGAGGUUGGAACGUUCACCAAGUUCAUUGAGGCCAUGGGCUUCACAGGACCGCUCAAGUACAACAAAUGGAAAAUCAAAAUUGCUGCGUUACGAAUGUACACAUGCUGUGUGGAGAGGAUCAAUUACGACGACUUCUUUGAAAAAUGUAACCUUCCUGAUACACUCAACUCCUGGUUUUUGGUUGCGCAGUUGCAUGUUUGGAUGUGUCUGGUGCGGAUGCGUCAGGAGGGCAGAGAGGGGAAGUACAUGUGCCACUACAUUGUACACUCAAUGUGGGAGGAUGUGGAGCAGAGGAGCAAAAUAAUGGGGAUUGAUGCCACCCAUAGAAAGGAAGGAUUGAAAGUCAUGACCGAGACUUUCUACGCUGCAAUCUUUGGAUAUGAUGAGGGAAUUCUGUCUGACGACUGUGUGCUGGCCUCUGCCCUUUGGAAAAAUCUGUUUGGUUGUCAGUGUGAAGAGCCUCAACAGCUUGAGCUCAUGGUGGAGUAUGUACGGAAACAGAUGCAAUUUAUUGACGCUCUUGAUGGCCAGGACCUGCUGCUGACGGGGGAAGUGAAAUGGCGUCCUCUGUUGGAGGAUAACGCACAGAGCAUCCUUAAGGUGGUCACACCCACGUACAAUGACACCGGACUUUGAGUGGAGUAGACGUGGGUUACUGUGAUGUCGCCCUCACUUACUUUUCAAGUGUAGGGUUUCCUUUCACGUAGUUUUGUUUUUUUCAUUUUCUCUACUCUGUCACUCUUUUUUCAUUUCCCCUUCACUACAUCCAUACUUUGCCUUUAGUUAAAUAUAUAUUAAAUAUAUAUUCAUACCAUAUGCUUUAGAUUGGCAUUAUCACUAAAACCCAGAAAUGAAGAGGUGUAUUGACUACACCAACAGUUCUGGACUGAUGUAUGAGACGUUCAGGACUGAUAAUGUCAUCGUAAUUCAAUUUUCAUGCAUGGACCAAAGAAGUAGGUCAAACAGGUCUUGAAGUCUAAAGUAAAAUAAACCUCAGUCAGUGUUACCAGGUAAGAAGCAAUUGGAUGCAGCCAGACCUUUUUUUUUUUUUUUUUUUUUUUACUUUGAAGACUUCAAAAAUCUAAAGUUGGUUCAAAGUCUUAGAUCAAACCAACCACAGACAAUUUUCAGAUUUUGUUUUUGUGAUUUAAGUUGUUUUCCUAAGUCUAGUAAAGUAUGGUCUCCUUUAGACCAACAUAGACAACGAAUCAGGGUGUUUCUGUGUGAUUACUGGUUUAGAGUUUGGAUUGGUUGAUGUUGUUGAUUCUGGACUCACCUGCUGGCUGUAAGAUGCCAAUGUUAAGGCUUCAAAACAGGAGAUUGCAACCAAAACACUUCGUCUGUGCUAGUUUCUAACUUAACCCCCCUUCACUGUCUGCCUUUUCUAUUGUUAGUUGCAUUAGUAUGGCUACAGGUAAGCUCUGACAACUCACAGAUGUUGCUGUGAAAGUAGUAGUACUGGUCUAUUCCUGUAGAUGUCAUGCUCGUUUCAAACCUUAAAUAGGAGAAGAAAACAAAAACUCAUGCACUAUCACCCUGUUGGUUAUCAGAACCUGUAUUUAUUGCACCUCUUUCCUCCUCCUGAACCACACUUUUAGUAUGGAUUUAUGUCACCACUGUUUACACCACCAACUGAGAUUUUUGUCAAAGCAUGUAGAGAUAAAUGUCAGGUUUAAGGGACCUUCAGUCGUUUGGGUGCCAUUAUGUCACAAUUCUUUUGAUCCUCUCAGAAGUGAACAGGAAACUCGAGCCUGAUAGUCAUCAAGUGUAAUCAACCGUUCUUGUUUUUAAAAAAUAUUGAAUAAUAAAAUGUUCUCUGUACUUGUCAAUCUUUA